AGAAAAAAAAUGGUCGUAGGUGUCAAAGUCAGACGAGCAUUUCAAUAUUUAUAAAAAAUCUAUAUAGGUAUAAAAUAUUAAAAACUGUAAUGCAGAGGCACGAAUUAUGGUAUUUACAUUCAACUAGAUAAUAGCAUUUUUUUUUAAGUAAAGGGAAUGUAAUCUAUAAGUCACAAAUGCCACAAUAAGUUGUAGUCGAAUCUUUCAGGGAGAACCUAGCUUUGUUUAUUGAAUAUAAUAAAUGCAACAAUCCUAUCUAAAGUAAUAUCAACUCAUAAUAAUUGUUAAUGCAAUGUCCGAAACCGAUGAAUUCAGCGAAUCAGUCCGAUUUAAAAAUAUGUUUAAGGUAUCAAGAACAUCAUUGGCACAAGUUAGAGCCAUUGUGGAUUUCAUGGAAAAGCACCCUGAUUUAGCCCACAGAAAACUAAGAGUAGGCAUGGGCCACGCCAAAUUCAAGAAACUAUGGGUUGAACUUGCUAACAUAGCUAAUUCUAUUGAUGGUGCUUCUAAAUCAACUAAAGGGUGGAUAAAAUUUUGGUCAGAUAAGAGGCGAAGUAUAUUAAUCAAACAAAAGCAAAUAGAAAAUGGCAAGCUGCUAGGUCAACUAUCUCCACUGGAACAAAAAAUUUUGUGUCUAUGUGAUGACAAGUCAUGUACUCAGAGGAAGAGAAAACCUGUAAAACAGGAGCCGUGCAAUGGUGAUGAUGGAGAUUCUUUUGAUGAAUUAUUCUCUAAAGAUGAUGAAUACAAUCAAUUGGAUAACAGACUGUUAUCUGCUGAAGCUGAUGAAAGACAGCUAAAUAUUAUUGAGAAAUUGGUUGAUGUGAUGGAUCAACAGGCAGCUGCUAUGUCACAGAUGGCGCAAGCAUCGCUUACUAACUCUAAAGCUUUGGAAAGGAUUGCAGAGGCAUCCCAUAUACAAGCUCUGGCUGUAGAUAGAAUCGCAGGCACAUUCGAAACAAUCAGUGCAUCCGUCCAUGAUGUCCGUAAUGCGAUUCUCGGAAUCGAUUACACCAUGAAAAGGUGUUACCCUGUAACAACACAGAGACAAAACUCAAAUAUUUUUAGCUAAGAUUUAUUUUAAUUUAAAAAUGAAGUUAUUAUUAGUUUUGCUGUGGUAGUUCUUUUUGUAUUUAUUUCUUUUGAAUCAAGUGUUCUAUGAUUUUAUGACUGUGGUUAUAUGUCCUGUAUUUAUAGAAUAUAAGAUUAAGAAAGUACCUUUUA